AUGGGAGAUGAAAGAAAGGGAGGUAAAGGUCUCAGUAAAGGAGGCGCUAGGCGUCACCGCAAAGUGCUCUGCGAUAACAUCCAGGGCAUCACCAAGCCAGCUAUCCGCCGUCUGGCUCGCCGUGGCGGCGUUAAGCGUAUUUCGGGUCUGAUCUACGAGGAGACUCGCGGCGUGCUCAAGGUGUUCCUGGAGAACGUGAUCAGGGACGCCGUCACCUACACCGAGCACGCCAAGAGGAAGACCGUCACCGCCAUGGAUGUGGUUUACGCCCUGAAGCGUCAGGGACGAACCCUGUACGGCUUCGGAGGUUAAGCGCUCGACUCGAACAACGAUAAACACAACGGCUCUUUUAAGAGCC